AUGCUGAGAUUCAGUAGAGGGUUCCAUCGUUACGGUCCUUUGCGCCAGGGUCAGAAUUUGACCGAGAAGAUCGUCCAAAAAUACGCUGUGGGAGUUGCAGAGGGCAAACUGGUGCAUUCAGGCGACUAUGUGUCGAUCAAGCCUGCUCAUUGUAUGUCGCACGACAACUCGUGGCCAGUGGCGCUGAAAUUCAUGGGUCUGGGGGCGACCAGGAUUCACGAUGCCAGGCAGAUCGUGAAUACGCUGGAUCAUGAUAUCCAGAACAGCAGUGAGAAGAAUCUGACCAAGUACAAGAACAUCGAGAACUUUGCCAAGAGCCACGGCGUCGACUUCUAUCCCGCUGGCAGGGGUAUUGGCCACCAGAUUAUGGUGGAGGAGGGUUAUGCGUUCCCAUUGAACAUGACAGUGGCCUCGGACUCUCACUCGAACACGUACGGUGGUAUUGGAGCGUUGGGGACGCCCGUUGUGCGGACCGAUGCGGCCGCGAUCUGGGCUACCGGGCAAACCUGGUGGCAGAUUCCGCCUGUGGCGCAGGUCGAGUUGAAGGGUGAGCUGCCACACGGCGUCUCCGGUAAGGACAUCAUUGUGGCGCUGUGUGGGCUGUUCAACCAGGACCAGGUGUUGAACCACGCGAUCGAGUUCACGGGCGACUUGUUGCACCGGUUGCCAGUCGACUUCAGAUUGACUAUCGCCAAUAUGACCACGGAGUGGGGUGCGCUGUCGGGUCUCUUCCCCGUCGACAAGACCUUGAUCAAUUGGUACCGCGAGACCCGGUUGCCGAAGCUGGGCGCCGGUCAUCCAAGAGUCAACGAACAGGCGCUUUCGCAGCUGGAAGAGUCUCUGCCCAAGUGGAAACCGGACGCUGACGCUCGUUACGCCAAGAAACUAACUAUUGACCUUUCCACUUUGAACCACUACGUAUCGGGCCCAAACAGUGUCAAAGUUUCCAAUACUGUGCAGGAGCUCUCGCGCCAGAACAUCAAGGUCGACAAGGCUUAUUUAGUCUCCUGCACGAACAGUAGGCUGUCGGACUUAGAGGCUGCAGCCAGCGUGGUCUGCCCAAGUGGCACAACCAAGAUCAACAAGAUCUCCCCAAAUGUGAAGUUCUACGUAGCAGCGGCCUCCUCGGAGGUCGAGAGCGACGCCAGGGCCUCAGGCGCCUGGGAGAAACUGAUGAAGGCGGGCUGUAUCCCGCUGCCACCGGGAUGUGGUCCCUGCAUCGGUCUAGGUGCCGGGUUGCUGGAGCCAGGUGAAGUCGGCAUCAGUGCUACAAACAGAAACUUCAAGGGCAGAAUGGGCUCCAAGGAUGCCCUAGCAUAUCUAGCGUCGCCUGCUGUCGUUGCUGCAUCAGCCAUCCUAGGGAAGAUCGCUUCCCCUGCCGAGGUCUUCGGCACCCAGGAGCAUUUCAGCACUUCUGUCGCGACUCUGACUGAGGAGAACCUCUCCUCUGCAGAGACUCCCGCUCCAGCCGACAACACACGCCCUGCUGAGAUUUUAGAAGGUUUCCCAAGUGAGAUAUCCGGCGAACUAGUCCUAUGUGACGCUGAUAACAUCAACACCGACGGCAUAUACCCGGGCAAAUACACCUACCAAGACGAUGUCCCCAGGGAGACGAUGGCCAAGGUCUGCAUGGAAAAUUACGACCCCGAGUUCCAGACCAAGGCAAAGAAAGGCGACAUCAUCGUCAGCGGUUUCAACUUCGGUACGGGCUCAUCAAGAGAACAGGCUGCCACCGCCAUCCUAGCCAAAGGCAUCAACCUAGUCGUCUCCGGUUCCUUCGGCAACAUCUUUUCCAGAAACUCCAUCAACAACGCUUUGCUGACCCUCGAGAUUCCUGCGCUGGUCGAGAAGCUGCGUACCAAGUUCAAGGACUCUCCAAAGGAGCUAACAAGGAGAACCGGAUGGUUCCUGAAAUGGGACGUUGCCAACAGGAAAGUCGUCGUCACCGAAGACUCUCUUGAAGGACCUGUGGUGCUCGAGCAGACCGUGGGCGAGUUGGGCAAGAACUUGCAAGAGAUCAUCGUCAAAGGCGGUCUCGAAGGCUGGGUCAAAGCGCAGUUGUAA